AUGUUACAUGUAAAUAAUGCAUCUGAUUAUGGUGUUUCUUUAAAGUCUUUGAAGGAUUCAGUCGUGUUGAUGUUACCGGUUUCGUCAGCAUUUGUUAAUGAGGGUGAUGGAGCGAAUGUAGUUCCGAUUCGGUCCCCCAACUUGUUUUGGUUAGGGAUGCCUAAGUUGAUACAUUCAAUGUUGAAUACAGAUGAGAAGCGGGAGAAGAUGAGUGAUGUAAUGUGGCAAGCUUAUAGUGAUGAGCUUUACAGAAGUAAGCUGCUUCGACAAUCUGGUGGCCCGCUGUUUUUGCUGGAUAUUCAUUCCUUGAGUAAUAACUGCGGAGCUCAUUGCACGGAUGAUGGAAUGCAUUAUCACGGGGCUGUCUAUGAAGCCGCUGUACAUAUCAUGUUAAAUGGAUUACUUAUAGAAUCUAACCAGAAGCUAUGAUGGAGCAGUUAUGGUUUUCUGUUGACUAAGUAACGCUGCGACACCCUUCCGCAAUGGGAAAGGGCAAUAUGGUAAUUGCGAGAGCUCGUACUUCAAUAUCAUCGGUGAAUAUUUUUUUCCCCACGUCUUCUUUUGGCAACUGAUAUUUCAAUAGAAAGAAUUCUUUGAUGGUAGUUCAUAUUCAUUUCCCCUUGUUCAAUUGUAUGAUUACUGAUACUCACACGAAUUGUAUUCUAGAGCAGGAGAAACCACUCAUAUUCAUAUCCGAUUUUGAUGUGAUCAUGUGGACAUAUGUAGAACAAAUCAAAGUUUCUGAAACAUGUGCAAUAGUUUGAAUAUCCAAUUAAAUGAUUGCACAUC